CAGCAGCAGCAACGACGGCGCAGCAGCAGCAGCAACGACGACGGCAGCAGCAGCAGCAGCAACGACGACGGCAGCGGCAGCAGCAGCAACGGCGGCAGCAGCAGCAGCAGCAGCAACGACGGCAGCAGCAGCAGCAACGACGGCGGCAGCAGCAGCAGCAACGACGGCGGCAGCAGCAGCAACGACGGCAGCAGCAGCAGCAGCAGCAACGACGGCGGCAGCAGCAGCAACGACAGCAGCAGCAGCAGCAACGACGACGGCAGCAGCAGCAGCAGCAACGACGACGGCAGCAGCAGCAGCAACGACAGCAGCAACGACGACGGCAGCAGCAGCAGCAGCAACGGCAGCAGCAGCAGCAGCAACGACGACGGCGGCAGCAGCAACGACGACGGCAGCAGCAGCAACGACAGCAGCAGCAGC